CAGUACACCACGCAGACGCAGCGCAUUUUAGCCUCUCUGAGAUUAGACAUCGGAGUUCGACGCCAUUUCUCUAGUAGUGAAGUGAGUAAGACUAGCGCAACUGCCGCAACGCCAGGGGACGAUAAUGUCGUUGUCGCUUCCUUCUCGAUACAUCUUCUCCGGCUCUCCUCGUGUUCGCUUCGUCUCCAGGACCAAUUUCUGCUUCGCCGUAUCGUCUUCUCGCCGGUUUCCCAGACUGCCCGCCCAGCCUCUCCUCAUCAGCCGCCUCGAAUGCCAACGGAAUCCGAGUGCCCACGCCUCUUCUCUUCGAUCAUACGCCUCUGCUUCUUCCUCCGAUCGCCGAGAUUCCUUAUCCGAUGAUUUCGAUUUUGGGAGCUUUCUUGCAUUCGCCGAGCUGCUCUGUGUCUUGUCGUCCGCCGUAAUCGCGGUGUUUCUCGCGGUUAAUUACACGGUCUCCGGUGAAAUUGGGAGAAGGGUUUUGGCCUGGGGGUUCGUUGGAUUGGUGGGCGCGGUUGCCUCUGGUUCUUGGCUGCGCCGGCGGCAAUGGAGGAUGAUCUGCAGAGGAACGGAGGAGAGCGAGAGGUGGAAUUUGAUUGGGAGAUUAGAGAAGCUGGACGAGGAUUUAAGAACUUCGGCAACCAUUGUUAGGGUUCUUUCCAGACAGCUGGAGAAGCUGGGGAUCCGGUUUCGUAUCACCAGGAAGUCUCUGAAAGAGCCGAUUUCUGAGACAGCAGCUUUGGCUCAAAAGAAUUCAGAGGCCACAAGAGUGUUAGCUGCACAACAAGACAUUCUACAGAAGGAGCUCGGCGAGAUUCAGAAGGUCCUGCUUGCUAUGCAGGAGCAGCAGAGAAAGCAACUCGACCUCAUCGUCGCUGUCACGGAGAAUGGCAAGCUUCUACAGAAGCAGUAGCAGCGAUGCAAACGCAUACCGUAACUCAAGAACAUGAAUUUUCCAUCUCUGUUUGUGUUUUUUUUUUGGGGGGCAGGAAAAGAUGCAAUAUAAGCCAUGGAGCUGAAGAAUUACGGAGUUGGGAAAAAAAAAUUGCUGCUUGGUUUCGUUACUAUGUAUUCAUCCAUGUGUUUGUAUUUGCUACCUCUUUUCAUUCUUUUGGUGAGAAACUUGAACA